GCCCGCUCUCUUGGAUAUCCCCUCCUUCUUGCAGCGCAGAGGAAAUGGCGCAGAAGGUAUCGCCACACAGACGCAGAUCCGUCGCCGUCCUCAACCAGGGUGAACGGUCCCGUCAUAGCACGCGCAGACGGGCGUACAGCAUUGCGCCCGGAGAGAAGCUCAGCCCUGCUGCAAAAGCACACCGCUCCCUCAAGCCCCGGAAGAGUAUAUUGAAAGCCCCCGUCGACGCUGACAGCGCGGAGCUCGGCGAUGAUACCACUUCCAUGGAUCUCACCGAGGUCAACUCACGCAGGAGCCUCAGCCGUCGCGUUAGCUUUGCCCCCGCAGCCCAUGUCCGCCUCUUCGACACCAAGGAUAAGGAUGCAGCAGAGUCUCAAAAUCCUGACGCAACAGACUCUGGUAAAUCUCGUGCCCGCCGUCGGAGCUCUCUUCGUACACGAUCCUCCGUGGCAUUCAGCGAAUACGGAGAGCGAUCUAUGGACAUGGACACGGAUGACACCGCACUAGCUCCUCAAGAUUUCUUGAAUAUCAGAAUGAACGCCGAUGCUGUUGCUGAAGACCCCUUCUCCGACGAUGAAGAAGAUGAUAUUGAUGGAGAUAUGGAGAUCACAGAAGCCAUUCGAAUGAAGAUCGAGCGCAAGUCAUCCCUAUCGUUUGACCCAAAGCGAAAUUCUCUGCCCAUCCGUCGUCGUUCAUCCGCAAUACCCACCACCUCCACUCAAGGCCAGUCAGAGAACCAACCUCCACCACUGCAUCAUCGUCGAUCAUCUAAUAAUAGGCAUGAGGACGCGCAGGACAAUGACCAGGAUCUCACCACGUCAUCUAAUCAGUCCCACUCGUACACGUCUGAAGGCACCUCAGGAGAAUACACGCAGCCCAUGGAGUUCACAGUACCCAUAUCACAACCCCUACGCCCUCCAGCGCCACCCAGUGAGGCGUGGCUUCAGCUGCGUGCCAUGACGCAUUCCGGGGAUGAACCAUAUGAGCCACCACCCGAGGAUUCCGAGGACGACGGCUCAGGCGUGCCCAUCCGAUAUGAUCUAGCAGAAGGGGAGCCAAUGGAAUUGACCGUUGCCAUGGGUCGCCUCCUCGAGGCGCGCCCGUCUCUCGGCAUGUCUCCUUUACCACCUGCCUUCAUCUCCCUGUCUGGGAGAGCACAUGAUCAGAAUGCCACUGAGGCAGAGAGGUCAGACAUUCAGGAAGACAGCUUCACCAGCACAGAAAAUAGCUUUGCUGACUCCGAUGAUGGCAAUCGUACGAUCAAUGUAACCAAACUCCGUGCCAGUCUGGGCGGUCAAGAGUCUUCUAUGGACAUCACGGCGGUCAUUAGCAGGACGAAUGUAGUUGCAGAGUCGCCAGCCUCAGCCGAGGUUGUCUCGUCGGAAAGCCCCGCACAGCCCACGAUAACCGCCUCGGAAGCGACGACAACAACCUCAGCGGACUCUCAAGAUUCCACACAGCAUGUGUUCCAUGCACCUGAAACUGUGCGGCCAAAAGUGUUCAAUAACCCUGAAGUUAGGACGCCCGCUCCUCAUCGCUCGCCCUCUAAAGUACCGCUGCCGACGGUCCCCAAACCGUUCACCUUCAGCCGACCAAGACCCUCGACGUCCACCAAUGGUCCUGUUGCUACUGCCAGUCCAGCUCGUGUGCCGCAGUCUCCAGCUGCUCACUGGAUGCAUAGGGGCACCGCAGCCUUCGCACCGCCAUCUGUCCGCAAAUCGCCUAUGAAGCGACCGGUGCCUGAAGACGAGAGUACUGAUCAGCGGCCUAGUCCUUCCAAGCGCAUGGCAGUGGCCAAGCUGCAGAGCUCUCAGCAGGUUGCAGGGACACCUCAGGACAGGGCCGCUAGGCGUUCAAGUGCAGUACGACGGCCGUCGGGGUACUUCGCACAACGGAAGAGCAUGGGCGCGAGCAAUGUUCCUGCCCCUAUCGUUGUUGCAACUGCAACAGUGUACCCGGAUGCAUCGAAGGAGCCCACGAUGCCAGGCGCGGAACCUGAACAAGCACAGACUAGUCCUGAUUCUGAUUGGGACUUGAUGGGUGCGCCGGGAGCCGACAUCGCGGAUAAUGCCCCGCUAUACCCAGAUGUCGAGCGUAUCGUGCGCGAGACUCCGCCGACGCCUUUACAAGCAAUGUUUCAGGACCGCGAGGAGACGGCCACGUGCGAAAGAGAAGCGUCUCGACAGGCGGUUGCCUCACCUACGCCGACAAGGGGCUCACCUUCACCUAGGAAAGCACGUGUCGCCUCGCCUGCAAGCACUCCUGUCCAGGCUCUUGCAGAUGGAGUAUCGCCUCGUAUACCGAGCACAGUUCCGUUCCCGAUGUCCUCGAUCUCGACGCACCUUAGACAUACCGGCAUCCCUGUUUCACAAUCAUCUUCAGGCUAUUCCGGGAGUGUUGUAACGGAAAAGGUUAUAUCGCCGAAGAGAUCAGGACAUUCUACGGCAACAGAAAAAUGGCGGGAAGAGGUGCAAGAUGAGGAUGCAGCCUCGGAUGACGAGGGCCCUCCCAUAUCCAUUGAACAGUUCUUCGCGAUGACUGGAAUUCGUUUCAUGGACGAACUUACGAUGCCCAAACCGCGGCAAUCAGUGGUACCCCCGCCACAACUUCGCUCUCGCGGGCGGCGGCGGUCGUCCAUCGAAACGAGUGCUGAUGAUGAAGAGGAUGAAAUCCCGCUCGCCGAGUUCUCUGUUGCAAUGGCAGUUGAAUUGCCCCGACUGGAGCUGUAUACGGCUGUUGCCAACGACCUGAGUGCAUGGAUUGAGGAGAGCAAGAAGAUCUGUCUGCAGGUGGAGAAAGAGACGGAGAAGGACACGCCCGAGUUGUUCAAAGACUUCGUCGAGGCGGAUGAAACAGAGAAGGGCAUAUUGCUGCAUCAGCUCAAGUUAAUCAAAGCCAACAAUUACGGCACCGCCAAGUUUCAAUGGUACGAAUGGAAGAUGGACUGGACGAAGCGAUUGUACGGCAGAGCUCAGCAGGAAUUCACUAAUUUGGAAACUGACGCACAAGCGCUGGCAAAGGUAAUCAAACAAGCACAAGAAAUGCUUCCUGACCUGCGCGAGGAGUUCGCUCAAGUGAUGUCGGAGCUUGAACAAGAACAGGCCGACAUCGCAGAGAUCGACAAUUCAGAUCAAAAGUUCCUGGCUGACCUGAAGGCUAGCGUCGCUGAGCAAGACCACGAACUGGAGCUCUUCAGGUCUGACGUCUCUGAAAACAGAGCGAAGCUCCAACGAAUGGAGGAGAAACAAGCCGAACUUGAGCAGCAGAAGCAGGAGAUUGCUGCUGCCAUCUCACAGACCGAGCACGUGCUGCGCAUUCAGAGGGAAAGCACAAGUGUGACCGUGUCGCGGCUAAGAGAUGAGCUGGAGGCUUUGCAGAAUCUACACCUCUGGCAGGCGACGCGAAUCACCGCAGAUUUGGCCGAGUCCAUCUAUGCAUCAAGAUAUUUGAUCAGGAUUCCUUGUAAGGCGUACGAGCCAAUUCCUCUCAAAAUCACAGUAACCAGAAUGGCGGACGUACGGACAAGAGAACGGGACUCAUUCCCUCGUUUCACGGACUUUGGAUUGCGCAUGGCUCAGCGUAUCGUGUCAAACGCAGAUAAACAGAUAAGCAUUCGCCAGAUUGUGGAGAUGCUGAGCGAUUUCUGGUCGUCCUGUUCACAGCUGCGAACGCAAUUCACAUUCUUGGCUGUCAAGUACCCUCUCUCGGUGGAGGUCGACCCGAAGACGGAAGCAGGCCCCCCAGGCCUUGUCGCGAAAGCAACCGUACUAUUUCCCAGCGCGCGUGGCAAAGCAGCUAUCUCUUUCAGAUUUAGCGAGCAGACAUUAUCAAGAUGGCCAUUAUCGAUUGCUUCACUGGUGACCGAUGUAGAGGUUGCAUACGGUCGAAUAGAGCGGGAUGUCAUCUUGAAUGCGGUCAGACGUCGGCUAGAUCAAGCGAGCCCAGUCGACAAUCAUGGUUGUUUGUUGGAUGCUUGUAUUGAAGCCACUGAACAAUAUGAAUAGUGGACAACGACUUUUGGUCCGUCCACUCUUGGGACACAUUGCCUGUACGUAUUGGGAUGUAGCCUAUCUGAUCUGUCCAUUGAGCUGGAUCUUAAUCUAUGCGUGUUGUAUAAAUAGGUAUAUGCAGAGGAUGUAUGUAGUUUACAGUAUGAUCGAGGUCGUUCAGCACAUCCUCGCUUGAUAACGACCAGAGAGAAACAUAGUCAGCGGGAGAGGCGGAUAAU